AUGGCAAACUCGCAGCACUUCAUCGAUUUUUGUCAAAAUCAGCAGAUAAAUCUUUACCUUUUUCAUACGCUCAAAGGAUGUCUGGAAAAACAAAACUUCAAGUGGACGGAAGAGGCGCAGAAAGCUUUCAUGGAGCUGAAAAAUUACUUAUGCCAGUUACCGACAAUGACGGCUCCAAAACCCGGAGAAACUCUCCAGAUGUACCUAGCAGCCUCCGGAGACACUAUAAGCGCAGUUUUAUUAGCAAUCCGGAAGGGAGUCCAACAACCAAUAUAUUAUGUGAGUAGAAUCCUACAAGCACCAGAAACAAGAUAUCCUGAAAUUGAGAAGCUCGCUCUCGCCAUAAUCCAUGCAGCCCGAAGGCUCCGGAGAUACUUUCAGGCAUAUCCCAUUCAAGUGCUAACGGACAAGCCCAUCAAACAGGUACUAACCAGACCGGAGGUUUUAAGGAGAUUAGCAAAAUGGGCAGUCGAAUUGGGAGAACAUGAAAUUGAAUUCAAACCAAGAAAUGCGAUAAAAGGCCAAAUUUUAGCAGAUUUUCUUGCUGAAGUUCCAUUAAAUGAAACAAAGAACAAAAGAAAAGUUAUACAAGAAAUGAAGCCGGAGGAUCCGGAAGACUUGAAAGCAUGGAAGUUAUUUACGGACGGAGCCUCAAGCGUAGAUGGUUCUGGAGCCGGUCUCAUUUUGACCAGCCCAGAAGAAAAAGAGUUCACAUAUGCUCUGCGUUUUGAUUUUAAAGCAUCAAACAAUGCCGCAGAAUAUGAAGCACUACUAGCAGGCUUACGAAUAGCAAAACAAAUGAAGGUAAACCAUAUUCAUGCUUACGUAGACUCCCAGAUUGUGGCUUUUCAAGUAGAUGGAACAUAUGAAGCGAAAGAGCCGGCAAUGAAGAAAUACCCGGAGAAAGUAAGACAAGACAGACAAAGCUUCAAGACCUUCCGGAUACAAAAUGUAAGCAGAAGCCGCAACAAGAUAGCGGACGCUCUAAGCAAGUUGGCCUCCACUUCUUUCGCCCAUCUCACUAAAGGAGUAUUAGUUGAAGUACUACAAAAAAGCUCCAUUGAGGAAGAUACUGUUGUAAGUCCAGUAGAAGAGGAAGGGCAAACUUGGAUGACGCUCAUUAUUGAAUAUCUAACCAGUGGAUUGCUACUCGAAGACAAGGGAGAGGCAAGAAAGAUCAGAAUUAAAGCACCACAAUAUAUCCUCCGAGACGAAGGUUUGUACAAGAAAUCAUAUAUGGGACCACUGUUAAGAUGUGUUGGCCUAAAACAGGCGAAGGCUGUAAUUCAAGAAGUACAUCACGGGUGUUGCGGAGCCCACGUCGGAGCAAGAAUGGUAGUUGCCAAAAUCACCAAAAUGGGAUAUUAUUGGCCAUCUAUGCACAACGACACUCUGAAGGAAAUUCAAGCGUGUGAUUCUUGUCAAAUCCAUGCGACCGUUCAGAAGGCUCCGAAGCAUGAGCUCAUUCCAGUAACAUCAGCUUGGUCUUUCUCAAAAUGGGGUAUCAAUAUUGUUGGACCUUUUCUGCAGGCUCCGGGGAAAGUAAGAUUCUUGGUUGUAGCCGUCGAUUACUUCACAAAGUGGAUAGAAGCCAAGCCUUUGGUCACCAUUUCUGGAAAGCAAAUGGAAAAAUUCGUCUGGGAACAAGUAGUAACAAGAUUCGGGAUCCCUCAAGUUAUUGUGAGUGAUAAUGGAAAGCAGUUUAGCCAAGGAAUUUUCCCGAAUUGUGCAAUUAUUUGGAAAUACAACAAAAGUUCACAUCCGUAG